GCGCCUGCGCGGGGCCGUCGCGGCGCUCCGCGAAGUUGCGCGGGGCCCGGGGAAGUUUUACGGCGCUGCGCGGCGGCGGGCGCGGAUCCCGCUGCGCUCCGCACCCCGGCUGCGCGGCCAUGGCCUUCCGCCGGCGCGCCAAGAGCCACCCGCUCUUCAGCCAGGAGUUCCUCAUCCACAACCACGCCGACAUCGGCUUCUGCCUGGUGCUCAGCGUCCUCAUCGCCCUCAUGUUCGAGGUGACAGCCAAGACUGCCUUCCUGUUUAUCUUACCUCAGUACAAUGUUAGCGUGCCUACAGCAGAUGGAGAACUCAUCCAGUAUCACUAUGGGUUGAAGGAUGCGGUUACCAUCCUCUUCUACUUCUUCAUUGCCAUCAUCCUGCAUGCAGUGGUGCAGGAGUACAUCCUGGACAAAAUCAACAGGCGUCUCCAUCUCUCCAAGAUUAAACACAGCAAGUUCAAUGAAUCAGGACAGAUGGUUGCCUUCCACCUCACCUCUGUGAUCUGGUGCUUGUAUGUUGUGGUGACGGAAGGAUACAUAUCAAACCCCCGGAGCUUGUGGGAAAACUACCCGCAUGUUUAUCUUCCGUUCCAGGUGAAGUUUUUCUACUUGUGUCAGCUGGCGUAUUGGCUGCAUGCCCUGCCGGAACUCUACUUCCAAAAAGUCCGCAAGGAGGAGAUCCCCCGCCAGCUGCGGUGCAUCACACUCUACCUGGUGCACAUCGCUGGCGCAUACCUCUUCAACUUAACCCGCCUGGGGCUGAUCCUCUUGCUGUUGCAGUAUUUAGCCGAAUUGUUCCUCCAUGUGUCCCGGCUGAUCUACUUCACGGAUGAGAGCAACGAGAAGGUGUUUAACUACUGGGCUGUUGUUUUUGUGGUCACCAAGCUCUUCACCCUCACCUUGUACAUCCUGGUCAUUGGCUUUGGGCUGCCACGAGUGGAGAACCAGGCCCUCGACCCCGAGAGAGGGAAUUUAUUCAGCUUUCUCUUCAACAAUAUCCUUUUCAGAAUGAGUGUGCUGCUGUUGGUGUGCCUCUUCCAGGCCUCGGUGAUGUGGCGCUUCAUCCACUUCCAGCUGCGGCGCUGGAGGGUGUACUGGAAUGAGCAGAGCAGUCGGAAGCGAGCCACUGGCACCAAUAGGCAAACCAGGCCAUUCAGGAGGGACUGGGGUUACUAUGAAAAUGGAGUGGUGAAAGUGGAGAACGGCAUCUCACCACGAACCAGGAAGGUGAAGUUUCCUUAGAAGCAAGGGCUUGUCUCCUGGGGAGGAGGGCGAGAUACUGGGACUAAGCAGCAGCACCUCCUCCCCAUCCUCACAAGCGUUGUCUAGAAUGGCUUGGAAACCAGUCAUCUUCCAAGGUGUCUCUCACUCUCCUCCCUUCCUUUCUUGCUCUCUUGAACCAUUUGCAAUAAAACCAAAAAGGUCCAUUUCCCUUGCUCCAUUCCCCUCAUAGGAACCUUUUCCAGUCCUCCUGGUUUUCCCUUUCUCUGUUUCAUCGUAAAUCAGCGUGCAAUUGUAUUCCUUUUCUAUGUUAGUGUUUGGUUAUUUUGGAUUAUUGUUACAGAUGCAUUGUCGAUGGUUCCAAACAAUCCUUUUUUCCUCUACAGCAUAUUCCUCCCCUCUCUUCAUGGUGCUUUCCUGAGUCCCUGGGACAGGGCCACAACAGCUUGAAGGCACCACGUGUCUGUUAUGGAAACAGGCUCCUGGGGGAAUGUGCUGGGGCUCUGUGACCCUGAGGAUCAGGGCCCCUCUCAGGUGAGGGUUGUGUCUCCUGGGGCAUGUCUGGCCAGCACUUGGCAAGUGCCACAGGAUGUUCAUGCUGCAAAUAGAGACCAGGGUCUGAGGGAGGAACCUUAACCAUGUCUUGUCUUAUGGUGGACCUCUGGCUAAGUGGGGUUUUCUGACCCUGGUUUUGAGCUAAUUUUGGAGAGCUGGGCAGCAGAGAAGGGAAGGAAUUUCCCUUUUCAAAUAGGAGGCCCACCUCCCAGCCUUUGCUUGCCCCAGCUCUUCUGGUAGAGCUGGGUUUCUCUUACCCUCUUUGCUGUAGGAGGUGAACUGCCCUGUUGUUCUGGACCUCCCAGCCCCGAGACCUGGGCUUGGGGCUCUGCAAUUUGUAGAGUGCUUUUUCAUGGGGCAGCAGCAUCCUCAGGUCCACGUGAAGCCUUGAGUCCUGCCCCACUCUGAGUGCUGGGUCUGGCUCCUGUCAGCUGAGGCCUUUUGCCAGCUUGUGUGUGCCUUGUGGAACUGGUGUUCUCAUGGCUCAUGACCAUGUCCAGAUGACAGACUGGCUUCUGCAAAGGGUUUUUGCAUCAGUGGGACUCUGCCUCUCAUGCUGUCACCUUAGCCUUCUUCAUCCCUACCGUACCAGUCCAGCCAUGCCAUCAGCAGCCACCAGCUUCACUCUUUGUUUCCAAAGGAUACAGAGCUUGUAUCCACCCAAAGGUGCUACCAAAUGAAGGGUUUCUUCCAAAAAAACCUAGCCCCUUCAUCCAUUUCUGAGCUGUGAACGAGAUGACAGGGAAGGGGAAGGAAGCUGGGGCUGCAAGGAGCAGCUUGCAUAUUAGGAAAAGCCUGACUUGUGAUGCACAGCUGUUGGCAGAUGGAGUUGUCUCAGAUCUACCUCAGAGGCCAUCUGUUGCUGCAGACCACUUUUCCCUCUUGUUCCUGCCUGCUGCUGCACCUCUACAUGCUGGCAGGAGACUUCACGGGAACCCCAGAUCCCACUGGCUCAGUCCUCUGCUGCCUCUUUGCUGGGAAACAGCAUCUCCUGACUGGGGUUUUGGGGGUCAGUGCCAUCUCACUGAACUUCUUUGGUGUGCCAUGCACCAGUCUAGAUUUGGCAGGCGUGCAGCAGACAGGCACCUCUCAUCCCACGGCCCUCCUCUGGGGCAGUUUGUGUAGCUGGGCUUUGCUGUUGGUGCCUCUUGUGCAGUGAAGCCAGCUGUAGCUUUAGUUUUGCUUCGCCAUGGCAGGAACAGGCAAGCAAUGUGCUCCUUUGGCUGGGCAAGAAGAGGGCAGUGAGUUGCAGGGAGCAGCUGAGGUCUACCUUUCUUGCGGGUGAGGGAGGUAUGUGAUCCUUAGCGUGCUCCUCGCUUGGCCCUUCGGGUGGCUGAAUUCUGGCUGUCUCUGAGUGCAAUGCUAGCUUGAGGCUGGCACAGUUGUCCUUCACAUCAUUUGUGUUUUGAGGAAUGUGUGACAGUUGAUUUUCUGCCCCUCUUUUUGCUGAGUCAGAUUUCUUUUUUAGCUCUUAUGGUAGGUUUCUUUUGUUCCUUGCUCCUCCUCUCGUUCUUGAGCCCCACUUUAUGUUGGGCACUGGAGGGAGAAAAUGUGCAGGGACAUGAGGACAGUUGGUCAAAUUCUAACACUUCCUCCAUCCCUAUGAUCCUUGAUGUCAAAAGAGAGGUGUCGGCAUGAGGGGGAUCUCCCCUUUUUCAGGGGAGCUGAGGAAGGAGACUUCAGAGCAGAGCCCUUGGUGAUAUCUUGCAAUUGCUCCUCGUAGCCCUUGUUGGCUCAAUAAUACACAUUUCUGUUCAGAGGCAGAGAUAGUACGGACAGUGCAAUGUGAUCAGAGGAGGAAAAGAGCUUUAUGUUAGGGAGGACAUCAAAGAUAUCAGAUGUGAGAGGAUUUUUCUUUCUGCUGCCUCUUCCCAUCCCUGGCCAUCCACUGGCACAUGCCCUCUGAGAGUGACUGCUGCUCAGCAUCUCUCCAGAGCCUCAGCCAGUCCUUUUUGCAAAGCCAGUGCCUUGCCACAGCUGAGAUAUUGACUCUGUUAACAGGUAACACAUACAGUCCCCCAAAAACUGGCUGCUGAAUGAUUCCUCCUCCUGCCUGCUUUGCUCCAGGCAGCUUUUACACUUGCACAGUCCUGUGUCUUCAUACAGUAGCUAAUUACGCUUCGUAUCCCAAGUGCCUUAUGUCGCCAUGUAGUCUUUCGUAGGCUUGAUCUGUGUAGUAGAUCAGUAGCUGAAUGCCCUUCCUCUUUACAACGUAUGUACAAUGUAUGCUACAUUUACAUGAGUUUUGUUUUCUUUUUGAUAGAGCUACCAGUAAAAGGGACAGUUUGUUUUGGAAGCAUUUCCAUAUGUUCUAUUUUUAUUAUUUUUAAACCUACAGAUGAUGGGGCUUUUUUGCCCUCCCCUAUAUUUAGUCCUUGGAAAUCCCCAUCCUUCUCGUGUUAUACCCAAAUAUGGCAGGUUUGGUUAUGUUUUUUUUGUGCUGACCCUUUGGUGUAAGGGAAUAUAUGCUGUCAUCCCAGCGGUUUGCAGUCUACCCUCCGCUGGAGGGGGGCUGCCAUGGGCUGCUUCUGUCUUUGUGUUCUAGUGCAAGCACCAUCUCUCAGCUGCAAGCUUGCAGUAAUUGCUUCUGUGUCCAUGUUGUUUCUCAGCAGACCGAGCCUCCUCUUCAGCCCAAAGAGAUUUUUCUUUCUCAGAGCAUUUUCACUGCAAGCCCUUGGUGGUCAGUCUUCCCUUGACCACUCUGCAUACAAAGAUGCCGUGAGCUCACUUUCCUUGAGUGGAUGCUCUUCUCAUGCCCCAUCUUGUCAAGCCCCAUGUCUUCUGCAAAAAAGAUCCAUUCCCAAAGAGGAGCUCUUGUCCACCACAGCGCAGAGAGCGCUAAGGGACUAUACAAAACUGUAUAGUGUAAGGCUAUUGCUCAUACCCUUCCUGAGGGCUUGAGGCUGCUUUUGUAGUCUGUGUUGAUAUCCAACCUAGGAAUGUCAGGGAUUGAGUAGUCUUGUGAUCUAUGGUGUGAAGCAUAAUGAUUUCCUGCUCUAGCCUAGAAGAGUUGUGAAAUACCAGCAGUAGUUCUUUUUGUCUUAGAUAGUUGGGGAAUGGGCUUGGGAAGAGAAGGGGGCAGAUGUAGCAUUUCACAUGUAAUUUUUGAGUGACUCAUGUUAUAGGGCAUUACAGUUGCAUUAAUUUUUGUUGUUUGUUUAGGAUUCUUUCUUCUUACUUAUCAUGUUUGGGUUAGUAUAAGGACAUCAAGUUCCACUUCCCCUGUAGGUCACCUUACCCUUAACUCACCAUUUCAGAAUGUGGUUUUGAUAGGCUUUCUAUUUGGAGGGAAGAACAACUACUCUAGGAUGCCUCCCCCUUUCCUCUAAGUGACUCUUGAAGCCUGUAGCCAGCCUGCCUUUGCCGCGGGCAUGGAGUUUACAGCAGCCUCAGCCUCUUGCCUUAGAUGAAGUCUUGGUAGAUGGGCCCCACUUGUGUCGACAGUAGAUGGAGAUUAUGGGCUUUGAUUUACAGCCUUCUGGUAAACUUUGUGAGUGUGUGAUAGGUGGCUUGUUUAGUAGGUUUUAUAUUCAAACAGUGAAGUAAGAUACUUCACCCUGGGGCAGCGUGUGGGGUUUUGCUGGCAGCGGGGAAGACUGGCUGUUGUGAAAGUUAGGCCAAGGCAUGUAGUUUUUCUUCAAAUAUGUUGAAUUCAAUGGACCAAAAUUCAGCAAAGAAACUCGAGGAAAACUGAUGUUCUUACAUAUUUAUGCUUUAGUGCAAAUUUCCUGAUUUUGGAGGGGGUUGGGGGGGAAGUAACAGUCUCUGAUACCCCGUUUGUUUCAUUCUUCCUGCCACUUCAGUUUUUUGUACGAAUUUUGUUGUUUGAUGUUUGUUGUUAAAUGACUUUUGUGAUAAACUCAACAAAAGUAUUUUUCUGAAAUAAAGAAAUAAAAGGCAUAGAUUCUUCCA